AUGAAAUUUUUAAACGAAAAUAGCAAUAACUCAAACGAAGCCGAACAUGAUUCGCUUGUUCGCGGUCAAUUUCAUCAAACUGUCCAGAAAGCGUGUAUUGGUUUGCUGUUCAUGACAUUUUGUACUCAAGCGCUAAUGUGGAUCCCCAGCAAACAAAGGGACUCGGUUAUUGACGUUCCCGAGUUUUUCGUCAUGUUUGGACCGACGUUCGUUCGUGUGGGAAAAAUGUUCAUUCACGAACUUUACGUCACACUCUGGAUGUGUCGCAUCUAUUUCUGCACAGUCGUAUGCGCAUCUUUGCUGGCAGGGCUGCGAGCUGAGUUGCUCAUCAUUGCUAAAAACUACAGUGGAAUAUUAGCUCAGAUUCAGUGUAAUCUAUCGUCGGAUGGAGCAUGUCAAGAAGCAAACGUAAAGUUGUUCUGGACGACGCUAAAUCAGCAAGUUGGAUGGGUUGUACACCAACACGUAGAAUUAUUGCGAAACGUGGCAAUCAUUAAACCAGCCCUGGAAAUGGUAUUUUUGGUCAUGUACGUACGAAUGAUUGUGUGCCUAGGACUAAUGAGUUUUAUUGCGGUGAAGGCUGGAGUAUCACCAGUAACUGCAAUAAUUCUGACAGCGGUUAUCGGGUAUCUUGCCGAAUGCUACUGGGCUUGCCGUUUGGUUGAUUCCUUUCAAGAUAUUAACAAUCAAAUUAUGAAGGACGCUUAUGAAGUUUGCACUAUCUUGCCCUUCAGUAAAGCUCAUCGCAGUGACUACAUCAAAAUGCGCACUUCAUUGAUGAUUAUUCACCUUUGUACCUCUAGCAGCCUCAAAAUCAGCUGUGGAGGUUUUUUUCAAAUGACGUCCAGAAUAUUCGUUCGGGUGGUCAAUACGUCGUACACUGUCAUCACUUUCCUAACGCAAAUGAGAUAA